UAAUACGUGUUAAUUUGUCACAACCCUAAAGAAUAUCAAUUGAGAGCAAGAAAAGCCAUCGAUGAAGAGAAAAUCCAUGGAAGGAAACAGAAAAGAUCGGAUGCAUGCCGUUGAUGACGAAGAAGAGCAGAAAAUCAAUGCAUUCUUUGCUCUGGUUAAGAACUUCAGAGACGCCCAUACCCAAUUGUCGAUGGGGUUUAAGGAUUCAAAGGAGACACCAAAUGGAAAACCGAAAGCAACCCAAUCAAGUUGGACCCCUUCAUUCCAAUGGGAAGAUUUCGCCGACGAUCCGCUGCUCAGAAACGAAUUGCUAAAGCUUUCCAGUUCAUCAAAGAAUGAAGGGCAAUGCAAAACGGAAGGAAAAGCCCCAGAACUCGACCUCAACCUCUCCCUCUGAUCGUAUCUGCAGUUUGGCUAUCGAGGUUGAUUCUCAAUUUUGUUCAUUUUACUUUAUAUAUUUAUGUUUUCUUUGGGUUUUUGUGACGAACUGAUGGUACAUGUUGAAGCAAUAUAAACCGUUUGUGAUGAAUUGUUGUUAAAUUGUGGAGAAUGGAUUCCUUUAACAUCAUUUGGGUGGUACUUGAGUGUGUAUCUACUUUGUGUUCAUCAUGUGUUUGAUUUAAUUCCCCAGCCAAGAUAGGUAUUUGUUCAUCUUAUAUUGGUAGCUUUUGGGGAUGGAUUGGAAGUCAGAUGCAAAUUUGAAUUCUUUGGGGAAUGUUACAAAAGGGUUUUGGGUCAGCUACACUGUGUUAUCUCAUAUUUGAUGUUGUCCAGCUAUAUUUCUCAUUUGAAUAGAAGACAAAGAUGAUA